CUCCGUUGAAAGAAGCCAUAUUACCAAUUGAAAGAAUCCUCUAGAAAGUAGGCAAGGAAUCUCCGGUAUCAAAAUCAUUUUGUGAAAAAAAUUGUUCAUAUACCGACGUAAAACUACACAGACAAGAUGUGCGACCGUAAAGCGGUGAUCAAGAACGCGGACAUGAGCGAGGAAAUGCAGCAGGAUGCGGUGGACUGCGCGACGCAGGCUCUCGAAAAGUUUAACAUUGAAAAGGAUAUAGCUGCUUUCAUCAAGAAGGAGUUUGACAAGAAGUACAACCCGACGUGGCACUGCAUCGUGGGCAGGAACUUUGGCUCUUAUGUGACGCACGAGACGCGUCAUUUUAUCUACUUUUACUUGGGCCAAGUAGCGAUACUCCUGUUCAAGAGCGGCUAGGCCGUUCCCCGUUCCGUCUAAAUUUUAUGUUGUUAGUGACAGACUCGGACCGUGGCUCUGCCCCGGCCGCUAUCUACAGUGUAGAGGCGGCCGGGGAGCCCUGUGUGUGACGGAUCUCUGACGCACCUCACUUGUACGUUUGUACCGUUAGCUACUCAAGAAAGUUCACUCGGGUUCACUUCUAGUGUCUUUAUGUAUAAUCGGAAGGAAAUUUUAGUUAAUUCCUAGACUAUACCUAGCGUAGCCUAAAGUCAUAUGUUUAGUACUUAUCUAAAAUUUGUUUUUUUUUGUUGAUUCUUUCAUUGGAGAUAUUUUUCAAUACUUCUAUUAUUAUUAAAGUUUCUUAACAAACGGUUGUUUUAAUUUGAUGCUAUGUUUAUAGCUGUAUUGAGCGGAUUGCGAUAUACUUAAGCUGUCUGACACUAUUGUUUAUAACCAUUUAUACAUAUAACACAAUGUGAUUUUGAAGAAUAUGUCAAAAUUACUACACUAAUAUUUAGUUGUGAAUACCUUAUUUGCAUUUAAUAAAAACUAUUUAGUCUUGUAUUUAUAUAAAAUGCACAUUGUAAUUAACCUAUUGGGCAAAAAAUCUUGUUGAUUUGAAAUUGCAAGGUUUUAUUUUUUAUCCCAAUUAAUAUGUUAAUAAAAUUAGCACGUGACUAAAUGAAGAAUCUUAUGUUCAGUAUUCACAUUAAAUUUUUGUUCCAAUUUGAUGAUUGUUCCUUCAAUAAAUGUGAUUUGUAAAAUGCGCAACAAAAUUGCUUUUUCUAUUUAUGUUUAUAAAGCACUAUUUAAAUUACGUCAUUGUUCUAUAGGUAUAAGUCAAUAUACGUAUAAGCUAUGA